AUGGCAUUUCACACACUCUAUUGGACAAUUUUAUCAAUUAUCGAUGUUUUGGCCAUUUUUUUCAAUGGAUUAUUGAUUUAUUUGGCGUGUUUCAAGACGCCAAAAGCUGUCAAAACUUAUACGAUUUUGAUUAUUAAUUUGGCGGUUACGGAUUGUAUUGCGGCUUUGGCGAAUUUUUUUGUGCAGCAGAGGUUGGGACCUUUAAAUCUGGAAUUUCUCCAAAAAAAGAAACUUGGCCAAAAAUUAUUGCAAAUUGUUGUAGUUUAGGUAGUUUAGUUGCGAAAAAAUUAUAUUAACUUUUUUUUUUGAAAAUUUAUUUGAUUUUGCCACGUCAUCAAGUUCAAAACAUCUAGUUUUCUAAAAUCAUACAAUUAACACAUUCUUCAAAUAAAAAAUUUUUUUCUAAAAUUUUUGAAACAGUGAAUUUUCAAAAAAUAUUUCAUAGGAACUUUUACAACCCAAAAAUGUAUUGCGAAAAUUUUUUCAGAAACGUGGAAAAUUUUAAGAACAUUUUUGACAAGCACAAAGUUUUGGGUUCACUUCAUUUUGCCACGUCAUCAAGUUCAAAAGAUUUUUAAAGACUUAAUUUAAAAUUUUCAACAUAUAACAAGUAUCACUUUUUUUAAUCACAAAUUAUUUUCCAAAAUUUUUGAAACAGUGAAUUUUUCAAAAUUUUUUAUGACCGAAAAAUUUAUUGAAACAUUAAAACAUUUUCAGAUUUUUCUAUUUUUUUACACUUUACUGCAAUUUCGUCUUCGUCUAAUCAAAUUUUCCAAUUCAAAAACAAUUUUCGAAAAUUUCUGAAACAGUGAAUUUUUUCCAGAAUGAUCCCCGGUGGCUGGUCAAUCGGCUAUAUUUCCAAUGGCCCGUGCAAAUAUUUCACUUACAAAAUCUGCUUUUUCGGUCAUAAUAUAAUGGCAAGUAUGAUAACUCAUUCGAAUUAUUCACUUCUCUUAUCAUUUGCCUAUCGCUAUUAUAUUUUGGUUAAAAGUGAGCCGCGAAGAAAUGUGCUAAUUUGUGUGGUCUUUUUGACUUAUACACCUUCGCUUAUUCAAUUAGUGGGUUUUCUUUCUGAGAAUUUUUGAAAAAUUUCAAUUUUUGACGUCUGAAAAUCUAAUUAUUGGGUUGAAGAUUUUAAUUAUAGGGAAAUAGUGGGAAAUUUUUGAACCUUGAUUUUUUGAAUAUUUUGCGAAGUCUAGAGAGCAUCUGGAAAGAUUCUAGAAGGCCUGGAAAAAUUCUAAUUAGGCUGUAGAAAGAUCCCGAGACACUUCAGAAGCUCUAGAAAAAUUCUGGAUAGAUUCUGGAACUUUCUAGAAACCCGCGCACAUUCUGGAAACGCUGAAAUUGAACGAAAUCUUCGGAAAUUUCAGACAUCUAAAUUUUAAAGAUUUUCAGAAGACCCAGGAAGCCUGGAAAAAUUCUGAUAAGGCUAGAAAGAUCCCGAGACACUUCAGAAGCCCUAGAAAAAUUAUGGAUAGAUUCCGGAACUUCCUAGAAGCCCGGGAACAUUCUGGAAACGCUGAAAUCUUCAGAAAUUCUGAGAGACUUCUAAAAUCAAAUGAAUUUUCAGAAUCUCUGACAAACCUCAGAAUGUUCCCUCUGGAAGAAUUCUAGAUCAAUUUUCGGACAAAUCAAAUGAGCCUGAAGUGCUUCAGAAAAAAAUCUAGAACUCCUAGAUGGAUCCCAAGACUCUCCAGAAGCCCUGGGAAAAAAUCUAAAUAAUUUUCAGAUUCUCUAUCAAUUUGCCUCCGGCGAUCCAAUCCGCAUCGAAUCCGCUCUCCUCAAAAUCUACCCCCAUUACAAUUUCACAGGUCUAAUGAUCAGUGGCGUCGAAGACAUUCGAUCAAUAAACGCCUUCUUCAAAAUCCUCCAAAUGACCGUAUUUUCGAUCCCAAUUUAUCUAACCAUCAUUUAUCUUCGCUCAAAAAUCAUCAAGAAAUUAAAUGAGUUCAAGGGAAGCAUCACCAAAUCCACCAAAACCCUUCACUCGCAAUUUCUACUUGCUCUAACUUAUCAAGCACUUCUGCCGUCAAUUUAUAUGACAAGUUUAGUUAUGUAUUGUUUAGAGCAAUUUGGGAUCUACAGUAAUCCGAUGAUGGAGGAUUAUAUCGCUUCGGGACUCAUUUUGACGCCAUUCUUCUCGCCAUUUUCAUCGUUCGUUUUUGUCACACCCUAUAGACAAUUUCUAUCAGAUUUAUUUUGUGGAAAACGGAGAAAUCGAAGUGUUGCAAGUGAAACAGUGAAAAUAUCCACGAUUAGCAGCAUGUCAAUGUUAUAA